AUGGCUGAUGCCGACAUUGUCCAAUCGUUCAACAGCGGCAUAGAGCCAGGCCUUCACACCCCAUACACCCAAGUCCACGUCUUACUCAUCCACUGGGAAGUGAAUGACCUUGAAGGUGUAGAAGAUGAGGUUCAGAAGCUCCGAGAUGUAUUUCGGACAAAGUACAAUUACAACAGUGUCAUAUUCCGCAUCCCCACUGACAAGUCGUGUCGUAUACGCCUCAACAAGGAGAUUCUCGGUUUCGUCGAGAAUCAAUCUCAGCGAGAUGGUUUGAUAAUUGUCUAUUAUGCCGGUCACUGCGGUCCCGGUGAUCAUGGUCAAGCCGAGUGGGCGGCUUUCGAGGACCAGAAACAACCCAAGCUGUCGUGGAAUGAAGGACAGCAACUGCUUUUCUCAGCCCCAGGCGAUGUUCUUCUUAUCCUAGACUGUUGCAAUGCAUCACUUAUUGCUCUGGGUUCCAAGGAUGAGGGGAGUCGCUUCGAGCUAAUCGCGGCUUCAGCCAAAGAUGGCAAAACGCCAGUGCCAGGAACGAAAUCUUUUACAACCACGCUUACCAAGCUACUCAAACUGCACGCCGACGAAGGUAUCUCGUCUGAGAAUCUGUCAUCUGAGUUGAGAGAGCAUAGAAAAAUUACUGGUAUGUAUCGAUUGCUAGAAACGCCCGUCUUUCACAAUUUCGUGCGGAAAUCCCCAACCAGCAUUCAACUGCAACGCUUGAGUGAUGAACAUGGGUUCAUGACGAAGCCUUCCGGUUACCUUUGGUUUAGAGUGUCUCUCUCGGGGGACGUGACAGGCACCCAAAUCGCCGAGUGGCUGAAGAGCGCUCCUCCAAAGCAUGCUACGGCGGUCAGAAUUGAGGCUGUCGUCAGUCGUGCCCGUCGGAUUCAAGAAGCCUUUCCAAAGGGUUCAGUAUUCCAAGAUCUGUCUCAAGCAGCCCGAGAUGAGAUUGAAAGACGCAUGCGAGGGCUGGACACUGUCAUGGCUGCGGCUGCCCAGUACGCCAAGGAAUCUACAACUAUCCCGCCUGUCGAGAAAGCAGAUGCUAUUCAUCGGUCGUUGGAUGAGAUAGAGGAGACGGUGUCCACAGUCUGCACUGCCAUUGAGACUCCGUUGCUGCUAGAGGAUACAGCCACGAAAGACCCAAGCCAUCCUCAAGACACAACUAUUGACGACAACACCCCCUCACUUCUCGCAGCCGCUGACGUGGGUGCUGCACUUGACCUCCGCCAGGCUAUUCUCAACGAAGAAGCAUGCCUCUACACUGUUGAGAUCAGCUACAAAACUAUUGCGUUCAAAACAGCUAAAAGUCGAGGAGGGUCCAAUGGCACAUCCAACCACAGCCGGUUCAAGUAUGGCACUCUAGCCGGCCAGCCCGUCAUCAUGGAGACGUACGAGUACAAGGAGGCAAAUGACUUUAGUGGUGAACCACAGCCACAGACACUGCACCAAGCGCGUCGGAUCACUGGACUACUCCGUCACCCCAAGCGUACGGGAUUUCAUAUCCUGCCCUGUGCAGGCUUCUUUUGGAACCGCGGUACCAGAAACGAGAUGGGCCUUGUGUUCGACUUGCCGCCAGCGUUUGACCACAGUGACGGCGCCGGUGUUGAGACUCUCCUUGAUCUGUACAAGAUACACAAACUCGUUCCUCUUGGACACAGGAUCCAUCUCGCAUGGGCAAUGACUGCUGCAAUCGAACAUUUCCACCGCGUGGGAUGGGUGCACAAGAGUAUUAGGAGCAAUAACAUCGCCUUUGCCGCUCUGCCAAAGAUAUCAUUGACCAGGGAAGAUGGGGAAGAUGAGAACUCACUCUCCCCGACUCUCGGUGACUUUGAUCUCAGUAACCCUUUACUCUUUGGGUUCGAGUACUCUCGCGCUGGCGACGCAGCUACCUACCUAGAAGAGGAUCACUCCCGAGCAAAAAACCUUUACCGCAUUCCUGCGCGAUGGAACAAGCCAACAGCGCGAUUCAAGAAGAGCCACGAUGUAUACUCACUUGGUGUAGUCUUGUUCGAGAUUGCGCUCUGGAAAGACAUCGAGUCGGCUCUGAGGUCUUUCAAGCAGGACCCAGAAAAAAUUGCCCCGUCCGAGGUGACCCAGGUCCUGAAAGAAAAGUGCGUCAAAAUGUUGCCACAUCAAGUGGGUGCAGUGUUUGCACGCUGUAUCUUGACUUGUUUGGACUUUGAUACAAGGACCAAAGGCCUGAGUGAAUACGAGAUGCAGAGGUAUUUCCAGAGGAACAUCGUUGAGCCGAUGGGAAAGGCUGUGCAGAGGAUCUAGAUAUUUCAAUUGCGCGAUAUCA